UUGGUUUUUAUAUUAUUUAAAUUAAAAUAAUCAAAUUUCUGAGUUGAAAUUUAUUUUUGUGUGAACGUAAAAAUGUUGUUAGCUAUGCGUCGAGAAACUGAACAUCACCAUCAUUCAACAGUGCCAACAGUAGCCGCAACAGCAACAGGUGCUGUUGCAACAUCAUCGGUAAAUUUAGCUGUAACAAAUGCCUCGGGACAUAAUAAUCAUAAUUUAACUUUGAGCACAAGUAAUGCCGGGAGUUCGGAUUCAUUGAAUACACCUUCUACUCCGUUGCUAAAUUUAGGACGUUCACCUUUGCAGUUUACGGCACCACCGCCGCCACCACCACCCAUUACCGUACAACCGGGACCACAAUUUGGUUUCUAUACACCUGCGCCGUCUGCAGCAUCGUCAUAUUUUCAUCAUUAUACACAUGCUGCACCGACAUAUGCACCCCCGACGACCAGUGUUGGAGUACAUGCUGCCUCCAAUGGCAGUUAUGUGGCCUCAUCUGAAAGCUGUAGAAAUGUGGCUGCCCCUAGUGAAGAAUUGGAAGAAUUUGUAGAUAUUUUUCAAGUACAACAUUUACUGUUAGAUCAUUCGGCUGCCAAUGGCAAUCAACCGCCACCUCAUAGUCUGAUGCCAACGAGCAGCUCAGCGCCUGCAACGGCUUCAGUUAGUUCGGCUCUUAGUACAGAAUCUCAAACUACUACUACUACAGCAACAUCGACAGCGUCAACGACUACUGUUACUAGUUUAGCAAAACCCCAACCUAGACCGCGUUUAAAUCUUCAGAAAGCUUCGGAGUACGCCGCACAACAUCAAGCUGAUUCACCCUCAUCACGCCGCAUGCUUUUAGAUUAUCCCAGUCCAUAUUUAUAUGGCAAUCAUUAUCAUACAUCCCCCAGUGAAGAUUUAGUUGCCCUUUGGUUUGGCAGCAAUGGCUCAGUUUUCGCUUUAAUAUGGAAAAUUUAUAAAUUUUAA